AUGAUCUUCUCCGCCGUCUGCCAGGAUGGGUGGUACGACAACCCUUCGCUGCCGCGGUUCACCACAACAACGCUGAACACCUCCGGUGCGCUGCGGUGCAGCAGCAGAUACACAACGUUGACGGACUUCAGCCCUGCCCACCCGCUCGGAAGCAGCAGCCACUCGCCCACCGCAAGGCCGUCCACUGUCGCCACCGCCUUCUUGACGACAUUGAGCACAUCCGCUGGCUCCUGCGCCUGUGCGGCCUCGUGUGUGAAGAAGUAG